AUGGGAGCCACCCCCUUCCACCCCUCGAUCCUCAAGGCCCAGCUUCCGAAGAAUUUCGACAAGCCAAUAGACAUGAGGUACGACGGGACCAAGGAUCCCCAGGAGCACCUCACGGCUUUGGAAGCAACAAUGAAUCUGGAAAGAGUAGGCGACGCGGUCAGAUGCCGAGCAUUCCCUAUGACGCUGGCCGGCCCAGCGAUCCGAUGGUUCAACGCACUCCCACAGGGGUCCAUCGUGGCCUUCGCGGACAUCUCCCAAAGCUUUCUAGCUUGGUUCAUGACACGCAUAGCCAAGGCAAAGCACCCGAUUAACCUAUUAGGGGUUACACAGAAACCCGGAGAGCCGACCAAGAAGUUCCUGGACAGAUUCAACGAUGAAUGCUUAGAGAUCGACGGCCUUACGGACUCGGUCGCCAGUCUUUGCCUAACAAACGGCCUGCUAAACGAGGACUUUAGGAAGCACCUCACAACUAAGCCUGUAUGGACCAUGCAGGAAAUUCAAAGAGUGGCCAAGGAAUACAUCAAUGAUGAGGAAGUUAAUCAGGUUGUAGCAACUAAUAAACGGCAGCUCGCUAACCCCCCAGCUCGGCAGGCCCCCCAGGUCGACAGAUACAGAGAAACUCCCAGGGACGGCAUCCUAGCCAAGCAACCCAAGCAACCCCCACGGGUAGGAAGAUUCACCGACUACACGCCACUCACGGCGCCCAUAGUGGAAGUCUACCAACAAAUUGCGGACAAGGGAAACCUAUCCAGACGCAGACCUCUGAAAGAGAGAACGGGGUGUAACAAAAGCCUCUACUACGAUUAUCACAAGGGCUUUGGUCACAAGACACAAGAUUGUUUUGACCUCAAAGAUGCUCUAGAGCAGGCCAUCCGGGAAGGAAAAUUGAGUGAGUUCUCCUGA